AUGUGCGACAAACCUGAUCUGUCGGAGGUUGAGAAAAAGCUGAAGAAAAUGAAUACGGAAGAGAAGGACAUGCUUCCUUCCAAGGAGAUCAUUGAACAGGACAAAGAGUGUGCCAAGUCAUCAUAG